GGUCCCACGCUAGCAAUUUAAUGCUGACUCGGACCCUCACACGAUUAAGCACAGCAGCUACCAACCACACUACAUUUCUCACGCGCAAAUCCAUCGUCUUCUGGUUCCUUUCUUCCCCUCCGUCCACCCGCUUGAUCCUCCAAUCCAUGGCGACGCUCGCCCUGCCGCCUACCGCCGCCACCCUGCCCGCCCAGGAAGACCCACGCACGAGCGAGAAGCCAUCUGCCGACGACUCUGCCGCGGAUCCGAGCGAUAUCGACUCCGGGUGGGUUUUCCUCGGGAAAUCUGAUGUGGUUCCGGCGGACCAGGCCGCGGCCGCCGUCGACGCCGCGGGCCGCCGGCGCCUCGGCUUCUCGCCGCUGCCGAUGUUGCCUAUCUGGGUACAGAUGGUGCUCGGAGGCGUCGUCUACACGGCCGUGCCGUUCUACAAGAGGGCCAGGCAGAUCGAAGACAAGGCGAUCGAAAACGUGGAAACUGCUUUGGACGUUUUGGAGCGGGCCUCUGAGGUGACGGAGAAGUUUGCUGCUAAUGUGGCCAAUUCCCUACCGGAGGAUGGGUCCCUGCACAAGUUGGCCGAGGAGCUUGAGUACAUUGCGGAGGAAGUCGAUAAGGAUGCACAGAAGGCUGAAGUCAUGAUUAAGAAGAUUGAAGCGCUCAGCGACAAGAUCGACGCCGCGGUGGAGCCUGUCAUCGAAAAUCUCGAGGAGGAGUUCAAGCCAAACCCAGCAUCCCACGCUGGAUCAGACGCCCAGAAAUGACCGUUCACAUAAAUUGGAGGAAAACACUGCCCAAAGUGUCCCCUGUUGUACAUAUGUUGCUGUUUUUUCUUUCCUUCUUUCUAAGUGCCAACUUGUGAAUAUGUUCGUUGUGCCCUACGAACUAGAAGGACCCCAUGGUUACAGUAAGAAAUGGUGGUGGUGUGCUUGGUGCCCGGAUCUGAAGCACCCUGUAAUCCUGAUAAUAGUAAGAACACUGCAUCUGAAGAAUGGAUAUGUAUCUGCGUGCACUAUA